CUUAGUACGUGAUUUGAAUUAGUGUAGACUUGACAAUUUGCACAAGUAUGGGAAUAAAACAAUAUUUCAGCAAUGAAUUCUCAAAACAAAUGUGGUUUCUGGAGCACGACGAUGGGUCAGAUUUCUACGUAAGUUCACUGCAGAGCAAUCGGUCGUGCGUCCCCCUACUGUGUGCAAGGCUCAUAAUAUUUAUAGGUUGUUUAGGAAUAUUACUAUCAUCAAUAAUACUCGAUGGACUGUCAAGCGUCACCUUUGGCGUCCGUUGGCCUGUUUACUUGACACACUGGGGGCUGAUCUUCAUAACUGUCACUUCUGGACUUUCAUUAUUUGUAUCUAUAGUAGCCUACAAGCAAGGAUCUAUUGACACGACCCUCGGUCUGCCAUGGUACAUAAAGGUGUACUGGGUAUUAUACAACGCAACGGUCCCGAUAGCAUUAUUCAUUACAGUUUUCUAUUGGAUUUUGCUGGCUUCUGGAAUUGAUGACUAUGCAAUGGACCCAGUUCUGGACUUGUUCAUCCACGCCAUAAACUCUGUGUUGAUGCUCAUACUGCUGCUGCUGUCCCACCAUCCGUCACAUAUUCUGCAUUUCUUCCACCCCAUAUCAUUCACUUUCGUCUACUUAGUGUUUACUAUCAUAUAUUAUCAUGCUGGUGGAACUAAUCCAUGGGGAGGCCAUUAUAUCUACCCGCAAUUGGACUGGUCUAAACCUGGAUCAACAGUUGGGGUGGUAUUCGGUUCGGCGUUCACACUGAUAAUCCUGCAUCUUAUUGUAGUGCUGCUGUCUGUCUGUAGAGAUUGGUUCUCUAAGAGAUUUAUAAGAAACAAUCGGAAGCUCUUCAUACAUGAAUAUAAAAUGAGUGUUGUGAAAAGAUAUUUCAAAGAUCAAAUGCAAUGGAGGAAUUUAGGGCUAGAAUAUUCCGAGCCGGCGACCUUCUACCUCAGCGUUUGGCAAACGACCCGGUCAUCGGUGCCGCUCUUGAUAUUCCGUGGAAUACUUUUCCUAACCUCACUUGGGAUUGUACUAUCUUCAAUAAUCAUAUACUCACUUAACGGUAUAUGCGGAUAUUGGUUUAUUUAUUUAACGCAUUGGGGACUAACAGCAAAUCUACUAGCGACAGGAUUUGCUACAGUGGUGUCCGCGCGGUGCUAUUUCUAUGGACCUAUAAGCACUAAAUAUCGCAUUCCUUGGUAUUUGAAGACCUACUGGGUAGUGUACAAUGUGGCAACUCCUGUAGCGUUCCUCAUCACAAUUUUCUACUGGAGUGUCCUCUAUGAAGCUGGCAUAGAAGAAGAAUUGAACCAUGGCUUGGAUGUCGCCGUCCACGGUCUGAAUACUAUAGUGAUGUUUCUGCUACUGAUCACGUGUUCGCAGCCCAGCUUCCUACUUCACUUGUACCAGCCUUUACUGUUCGCCCUGACAUACUUUUUCUUCACUCUCAUCUACUAUUUAGCUAGAGGUGUCGACAACAAAGGAAAUCGAUACAUCUACCCAGUAUUAAACUGGCAGAACCCUGGCAUAACGAUAGCUGUAGGUUCAUUGACUGGUGUCCUGCUGGUCACGCUGUACUUCGUGAUGGUAGGCAUGGCAGCGGCGAGGGAUGCCAUCGCCACGCGCGUCAUCCAAUCUUCUGUCAAAGUGUACGCCCGAGAAGAAGUGCCUCUGUCACAACCAGUACAAACAGCAGUAUAAAUUUUCUACUAAUUAAUAAACAUAAAUUAUAAUUAUUUAAUUGUAUUCAAAAAUUUUCACAGGGUGGUUUUAAUGUAAGAUAUAAAUAAGCGUAUAAGUAAAUUGGUUAUAUAAAGCCUUGAUUGAUUUAAAACAGUAGCUCAAAAAUGUGUAUACUCAAUGGUUUUGUAUUUAUUUAUAUUAAUAAUUAUUAUUAUAUUCAUUAAAAAUAUAUAUUAUAUGUUAUUAUUAAUAAUUAGGAAAUUCCCUUCAUUUUAGAGGGAUAGUUUUUAGUUAUUUAUUUUUUUUAAAUGAUAUAAUAGAUUUGAGAGAAUGCAGUAAUGUCUACUAUGUUGCACUGAUCGGACACUAGUAAAAGAAUGCCAACGGUUUCGAUUUCAUCCUAUUUAUUCGGGUUAUUCGAUAUAGCAUCAUUGUUAUGCACCCUUGACAGUAUCUACAAUGUGUAAGGCGCCAGCGCUGCGCCAAAUCUAUAACAAUUUGCAUGGCAUAUUUUCUUUUAUCAGUUUAUGCCUAAUGAAAUGACUAACAAAUAAUUGAUGAACGACAUUAAAUACACUACCUUGUGUAAAAGAAAUCUCUGAGGUUCAAUUCGUGGACAAGGCCAUGUAGGACUGAAUCUAUCCUGCUUGGGAACUAGAUAAUAGCGGCAGAUGUUCGUUGCCUGAUUUUCCAACAGCUCCAGAUCCUCAAGGAUUAUAUUAGUGAGAUAAAGUGGCACUAACAAUUUGUAAAUAAGAGAGCAUAAAUACCUAAUAAGUAUUAGUAUAAAGUGGCAAUAAAACUGGCCCCAUAGGACAUAAGUGAUAAUAUAAUUUAUUUCAUUAGUUUACAAUAUAGUUUUUAAUUUUUAAA